GGUCUCGGUUCAAUCAAGGAAGAGAUUGAAUAAUGGUUAGCUGGUUAAAGCUUAGAUCAAAUGUCGCGUGGGUGACACGAUGGUUGGUAGGCAUUAUGAAUGAACUUAAAAGUCAACGGUUUCCAAAACGUAUUGAGUUGGGAAAGAGAGCUAUAACCUAAUCUUCUCGGUUUCCAUUCAAUCGUAAGACCCAAGUCUGCUAGCUCGAAGCCUAAACGACGGUUAUUGUACCAUAACCGGUUACGGUGGUACAAUAAAAAAAUAUCGAACGAUGCAGAUCCGCACGAUACUAUAACACAUUGGUCAACUGUAUCUGUGUAUUAACGUUACAAGUGCAAAACAUUUGAUCCUAUUUUUGCUGCGUUACAUUCUCAACGUUUCAUAUUUUGGCCUCGUCCUCUCUCUCACAAGCGACCAAACUUCCACGACCAAUAUGUCUGAAUCUCCCACCAUCAAUGACUCUCCACCAGCUCCGGCGAUCGCCGGAGACUCACAAACCACCGCGGCUAACGAAUCGGAUCCCAAUGCGAAAUGUCAAACAGCUAUACAAUCCUUAUCCUCCAUCGUCACAACCACGAGCAUCCCUUCCACAAUCUCCCUCCUCCUCGACGACUCGUCCGUCUCCGCCGCGAUCUCAUCUCUCCUCCAACGUCCCGACUCAGGCGCAGGCGACAACAACCUCUGCCGCUGGCUCUACGACACCUUCCAAUCCACGGAACCUUCCCUCCACCUCCUCGUCCUCCGUUUCGUCCCCUUGAUCGCCGGCCUCUACCUCUCCCGCGUCCCUCUCCGCCAACCGCAAGCCGGAUUCGAAGCGGUCUUACUCGCUCUCUACGCGCACGAGACAACCUCACGCGCCGGACAGGCCGUAACCGUCAACAUCCCCGAUCUCUCCCACCCCAGCAUCUACCACGAGUCCAAAGGUCCCGCGAAGAACAACUCCACGUGUCUCAACAUCGCCGUCGUCUCCUCGACGCUUGAUCCACACGGUACGGUGAGAUCCACGCGCAGGGCGAGGAUCGUUGGCGUCGCGCUGGAGCUUUACUACAGCGAGAUAUCGAGGAUGCCACGUCAGUCCAAGCUCGAUUUCUGCGGGGCUUGCGAGAAGUGGGCUGGGGGAAACGGAGAGACACGAGCUGUGGUGGUCCCUGAGGAAGAAGAGAGUGUAGCAGUCGCGAGAUCUGAGAAAGACGGUGGACGGAUUCCUCUGCCGUGGGAGCUUGUGCAGCCGAUGAUGAGGAUCUUGGGGCAUUGCUUGAUGGGGAUGAAGGUGGAAGAUAAGGAAGUGAAGGAGGCGGCGAGUAAAGCUUGUCAGAGUUUGUAUCUUCGGUCUCUGCAUGAUAUUAACCCUAAGGCGAUUCUAGCUGCUGGGAGUCUUCUCCGGUUAUUGGAGAUGGCUCUUGAUCCCAAGAACCAGAUUGAUCACACUGAGAUAUCAAACGACAACGUUUUGUCUGUUUGACCUCAUUGUUUUGCUUUUAUUUUUUUGGGUCAACGCUUUCUUUUUUUUUUAUCUUAAAGAUAACCACUUUGAUUUGUCAACUUAAACCAUGUAUGUAAGGCCACGUUCUCGCGGAAAUGUUCGAUUG